CAUAGCUUCAUUCAUAAUCCAACAUUUUCUUUUUCUCCGUUUUAAUCAGAUUUAGCUCUCACAUCCUCGCAUUUUACAAUAGAUUUUCUCCAAAUUUUCGGUAAUGUGGUGACCCUUUUGAAUUCCCUAUCAGAAUUCGCAAUUGGGGUUCCACUUCAUAGAUCCUACCCAUAAAAGUCUCAAUUUUUUUUUUCUGUUGGGAAUAAUGGAAAGUUUCAGCGCCGAAGAUCUGUCGACAAUCGGAGGAAUCGCGACCGUAUCGAUACUCCAUUCAUUCAUUCCAACACAUUGGCUUCCUUUCUCCAUAGUGGGUCGUGCUCAGAAAUGGACCCUCUCCAGAACCCUCCUUGUUACUGCAUUUGGAGCAAUUUUGCAUGUCAUAUCCACUUCGCUUCUCGGUAUAACAGCAAUUACCAUGGCAAACACCAUAGCUGGUGAAGAAACAGUGCAUAAGCUUGCUUCACUUUUGCUCGUAUUUCUCGGUGGUAUGUAUAUUAUAUUGUUUGUUAUGGGAAAGGGUGGCCAUAGUCAUUCGCACAACCAACCCAUGGAGAAAAUGGCUGUAGCUGGGCUUAUUCUUGUUCCUGCAUUGUCUCCUUGUGCUACAACGCUUCCAGUAUUUCUUGCUGUUGGAAAUUCAUCUUCCAUGAUGGUUCUUGCCAUCAUAGUGCUCCUAUUCAGCACAAUUUCUGUGAUGACUUCACUAGUAGCAUUGUCAUUUUAUGGUGCCAGUCAGUUGAAGUUUCAUUGGGUCGAGCGAUACGACAAACUUCUUGUUGGUUCAGUACUGUGUUUAGUAGGAUUGUUGACCCUAAUUUUUCAUGAUCAUGAACAUGAUCAUAGUCUUAAUCAUGGAGAAGUAGCUUCAGUUGGAGAGCACUUGCAUAGAAAGAUUAUCUCCUUAUGAAAGUAUAUAAAUAUCCUGUAAUUUGACACUUUUGAGGAUUGUCACGGUAUUGUUUCUAUUUUGUAUGAUGCAAAAUGUUGUUACUUAGAGAAUGGGCAUGUUGGUCUAGUUAAACUUGUGUGGAGUACACUGAGUUUACCAUGUGAAGAUAAUGAAUAUUGAAAUUAAUGUGGUUGUAGGUAGAACUGUCCCUGAUAAUUUUGGUGGCAUGUGGGAAGUUUGAACUUAAUGUCUUAUUUUUUUUGUAUACAUGUUCUUUAUUCUUUUUAUAAGUCA